UUUUUUUUUUUUGCCAUUGAGCCGCUUCCCUUCCACUUAAUUUUUUUUUUUCUUCUUAUUCCCCAUUAUCGACUUUCCUUCCAUUCUUUCUCUUUUUUUUUGAUAUACAUUUAUAUAUAAAUAUAUAUCUAUAUUAUAUAAAUUUGCAUAUUUUAUAGUACAUGCGACUUUUAUUUCAUCACCACUUUGGUUCUCGAUUGUGUUGUCAAUAUAAUAAUGCUUAUUCCUUCGUAUAUCAGUUGAAACGACGAAUACAUAUAAACCCAUUCACUCCAAACCAGCUUCCUGAACAGGAAAUAGACGUGCCAAAGACUCAUGUUCUUCAUCGAAAACUAUCUGGCGCUCGUAUGUUUAUACUCAAUAGACCGGAAAAACUUAACGCAUUGAAUCUUGCCAUGAUACGGAACAUUGCCCCUCAACUCAAGGCAUGGGAUGUCUCCAAAUUGGCUAAAGUGAUAUUGAUGAAAGGUGCUAAUGAAGGAAAGUUCAGCGUGGGCGAUGAUGUAUUAGAUAUUAUUCACAAGGUCAAUACAAAAGAUCCAGAUGCUUUAUAUUACUUUCAAGAAAAAUCAUCUUUGAUACAAAUGAUAUCCACUUUAUCUACCCCUUAUGUUUCUAUUCUGGAUGGUUAUGCUUUGGGUGGUGCUUUGGGAUUAUUUGCUCAUAGUCCUUUUAGAAUUGCGACAGAGAAAACUAUUUUUUCAAUGCCUGAACCAACUAUGGGUGUCAUCUUCAAUGCUGGCUCAAGUUUCUUUUUACCAAAAUUGGACGGCGACAUCGGUACUUAUCUGGCUUUGACAGGAACAAGAGUUGAAGGACUAGAUGCAUUUUAUGCUGGCAUUGCAACACAUUAUGUCCCUUCAUCAAGAUUAUUAGCUUUGGAAGAUAGAUUGAUCGAUUUGGAAACGUCAGAACAUGAAAUCAUUCAACGAGUUUUGGAAACUUUUGCUGAACCCUACCCUACCAAACGGAUAGGAUUUUCUCAAAGUAUCAGAGAAUCUAUUGAUAGAUGCUUUAGACAUGAUCGGAUGGAAGACAUUAUCAAGGCUUUGGAUGAAGAAAAACAAACAUCUUGGACAAGAGAAACUAGACACAAGUUAUUGGCCAUGUCACCAACCAGUUUGCGGGUCACACUGAAAGCAUUAAGGAAAAGUAAAAACAUGUCUCUGAUCGAAUGUUUAAAAAUGGAAUUUGACCUUAUGCAGAAAUUUUUGGUGACAAAAGACUUCCAUGAAGGUGUGGAUGCAAGUCUGUUGAAUAAACCAAGACGGAAAUCAGAAUGGAUGCCACCUACGUUAAAAGAUAUCUCGGAUGAUGAUAUUGAACAAUUGUACUUUACGAAACCAUCACCAAAUGCUUUGAAAUUACCAUCCAAUAUGGAUUUAAUCAACUACCCUUAUACAAGAUUCUCGUUACCAACAGAGGAGGAUGUUCGUUUGGCAAUCACUGGUGAUGGACCAGAAUUUGGAUUGGAAGGACGUUUACUCACUGCUCAGGAUGUGCUUCAAUGGUUUGAAAAGGGUCAUCGUAGGAAAGCUGGUGUGAAGGAAAAGAUCAUGGAUAUCUUGGAAAGAAAAACAACUACAGUCAAUGACAGCAACAAUAACCCGAUCUUACAAUGGAAAUCUUAUUACUAGCUAUCCCCAUAGAAACAUUUUAUAUGACUCCCUCCACCUCUCUCUCUCUCACACGCACAUCCAUAUGCGUACAUAUAUAGAUAUGUUAUAGUUUAGUUGAUGAUUUUUUUGUUAUGUUGGU